UAUUUGUCUCUGAUAACUUGGUUACCCAUAGGCAAUUUACAUCUCAUUUCCCUAUAUAUAUAUACCCCCAUUCACUCUUAUGGAGUUCUUCAACAAACACAUAAUAUUGAUUUUAAACACAACAACCCCAUUUAAAGGAUUUCCAAGAAGCAAAUUUCAGAAUACAUAUACAAUGAGUUCAACAAGCAGAGCAUGGGUUGUGGCUGGAACAGUUGGAUUGGUGGAAGCGCUUAAAGAUCAAGGAUUCGCUAGGUGGAACUACACCUUGAGGGCCAUUCACCACCACGCCAAGUCCAACCUCCGGUCAAUCUCCCAGGCCAAAAAGCUGUCUUCACCAGCUGCCAUGGCUUCCAACAAACGCAUUGAUCAAUCCGAGGAGUCAUUCAGAAAAGUCAUGUACUUGAGUUGUUGGGGUCCCAAUUGAUCGAUUCUAGUGUAAUUAUAUUUUAAUGUUAGCUAGAAACUAUAUCUAAUGUUAUUUUAAUGUAUAUAUGCGAGACUAUAUAUAUGAUCAAUGAUGUAAACCGUACUAUCAUUUUGAGACUUGUUAUGAUAAGAUAUUCAAAAAUGAUCUUUUAAUUUGACUUCUA